UGUAUUCGGUUUUUGUUUUUUCAUUUGACAGUGGGGUACGGCGCGAAAAUUACCGAUUUUUUUAUCGGUUUUUUAUUUUAUUUUUUGGUUAUCGGUUUUUUUUAUAAUUGGUGUUUUGUAGAAAAAGGGUAAUAAUGAAGUUCUAUUUGCGUUAUUUGAACCACGGUCUCUACGACCCGGUUCUUCACGAUUUCGAGCCGAUUUACGACUACGAACCGGAAGAUUCCGGCCGUCAAUCGGAACCCACUGAGGUAGUAUUCGAAAUUCAGAAGUUUGUCGAACCGUCUGACAUCGGCAGUCGACUGUUAGAACUCGGUGAUUCCCCAAACCAACUGUCAGAAUCUAGAUCUCUAACCGCCUCCCCUUAUGUGACUCCCACGAAACCUCACCGUCCAUUUUCUACUGAACCUAUAGUUGAAAUUCCUCCGUUAGAAGACCCUAUAAUUCUUAACCCUAAUUACCGUGAUCAAUUUGGAAAAAGUCCUAUUGAUAAUGACCCGGAUUAUUUGCUAAGUCCUUUUAAUAGAGAUGCGUUGGGACCCAAUAGGUAUAAGCUACCUAUAUCUGAACAGUACGAUCCUGAUGGAACAAGAUUUAAGCAGAACACUGAAGUGGUCGAGAAGCUACUUAAAUAUGAAAAGCAUGUUAAGAGUCUUAGUAAAGAUUUGGAGGUAGUUGAUGUUACUAAAGAGACUAAAGUAAGUGAUACUGUGGUUGAAAGAAAAGCAUCUAUUUCCAAAGAUGUGAGUUUCAAAGAAAGUUUGAUUGAAGAUGUGAAAUCUGAGAAGAAAGGUGUUAGAAUUAGUGAGGAAAGUGUAAGAAGGGAAAGUAAAUCUUUUGAAAAGAAGGAAAUGUUUAAAGAGGAGAUUGAAGAAGAAUCUGUUAGAGAGGAAUUGCAGUACAUUGAGAAGAUGAGGCAAGAGAUUGAUUUAGAAAAGAUUGAGGAAACUGCUAUGUCUGUUGUUGAUGAUAGUAUUGAGAGAGCGGUUUCUGUAGCUGAGGAAAUUAAAAAAGAGAUAGAUGAAGAAUUAAGUACAUCAGAACAGCAAGAGAAGUCUGAAGUUAAGUAUGAGAAAAGAGAAGAAUCUUCUGAAAUUAUAGAUAAGACUGAGAGUAAGCAAGAAACUAAGGAAUACGCUGAAAGAAAAAUGAGUAGAGAAGAAAGAACAGAAACUCAAGAUGCUACACAAAGAAUAGCAAGAAAAGAUGUUCAACAAACUGAGAGUUCCGAGCAAAUUGAAACUGAACACGGCAAAAUGGAUAUACAUAGAAAAUCUCUUGCAACAGAAGAAUAUAAACAAGAAUAUUUAGAAGAACCGAGACAAGAAUUUAGUCGAGAGGGUUCUGAAAGUAGAUCAGAAGCUAAACUCAAGUUUAAGAAAGCUGCUAAAACUGUAGCUUCUAGCGUCAAAGGAGAGAAAACUUCAGCUGAACAGAGAGCUUACACUAUUGGCUUACAAACAAUACCUAAUAUUAGAGGUACUGUACAUUCUUCAUAUCACUACGAUCUGCUAUUAAGCACCUUCUUCAUACACCUAACAGAUGUUAUGGUAGCUUUAUCUAGAUUCCUACUAACUCAGCCAGUCUUCAAUCAAUUAGAACAAUCGGUGACUGAAACGCGAUAUGAGAGUGGAGAAAGAGAUACAAAAGUACGAAAGAGUUCACAUGUUGUUGAAAAAGAAGUAAUGAAAGCGCAGGAAGCUAAAAAAGUCGAAACAAAACAAACAAGACAGCUUAUAACACCUGUACCGGUAGAAAAGAAAGAGGUAAAAGCAGUUUCUCAAAAGAUCGAAAAAGAUGUAAAGACACAAGAGCAAAAGAUAGAAAAAGAUGUAAAGAUUCAAGAGCAAAAGAUUGAAAAGAAAGAAAUAAUAAAACCAGUGCCUGUGAAAGCUGAGCAAGUACAACAAGAGCAAAAGAUUGAACAAGAAAUGAUGGUAUCAGAAAAGAAAUCCGGAGCUGAAAUGGCUCAGCGUUCAGAAAAGAAACUGACUAAAGAGAUGACGCAGAAACUAGGGGCUGUUAUUUCUGAAUUCCAGACUAUAGCUGUAGAAGACGCUAAAGAACAGAUGCUGAUGAAGAGUCGAAGAUCCAGAAGUAGGAGUCAGAUCGAAGAAGAAGUUGCAAAAGAAAGCGAUCCUUUAGAAUGGUUAUCUAAAGUUGACAGUAGGAGAACUUCGCAGGAAAAAACUGAAAUGUCCAAGACGGAAUUUAGUUCAGAGAAGAUAGAAAAGAAGAGCUUCGUUGAAACUAAACAAGAUACUGUACAUAAGAAGCCCAAACCACCUAAGCAAACUUACAUAGCUAUAGUAGAAUCUCACGUUUAUACUAACAAAGACGCCAUAUUUGAAGAACAUGUGACCGACAUCUCAGAAACAUCAUCAGUACAGAGCGCUGAAGAAAUAAACACAGCUUUCGAAGCUGUGGAGACAGUCAGCGCUGAAAAUGUAGCGAUAGAAAGCGCUGUCCGACAACUCGAAACAGCUAAGAUUGUGGAAGAAACUCACAAACUAGACAAAGUUGUCGCUAAAAGCGCUGCAGUUGUGCAAAAGCAUGAAGAAGUUAUACACGAUACUAAAGAAUUAGUUCAAGAAGAAGUUAAGAAGGAAACUGCUGUACAAAAAACUGACAUCCAAGAGGUUAUCGUGCAGGAAACAAAAGAAAUCGUAGAACCUGUAGUAGAAAUUAAAGAAAGUAAAGUUGAAAAGAUAGAAAAAGUAGCUUUUGAUAUUAAUAAAUCUCUUGCUAUAGCUGAAUCGACUGAGGUAAGCGUGCUAGAAUCUGCAGUCGAGUUAAAGGAAGAAAAAGAGAAAGUUGAGAAAGUAGCCAUUGAUGUUAAUGAGUCUCUUGCCAUCGCUGAAUCAGCUGAAGUGACUACAUUAGAAUCUAAAGCUGAAUUCAAAGAUGUAGAAGUAAAAGCUGAAACAGUAGCUAUUAUCGAAGAAGAGAAGAUAGAAGAGAAGGUUAUUGAAACCAAACCUGAGGUUCUCGAAGCGCCUAAACCAGUAGAGGUAGUAGAAAUAACUGAAACUAUUAAACUAAAACCUAAAGAUACAAAGACAGUACAUGAUGAAUCUGCUGAGCUUAAGAUAGUCAAAAUAGUUCCCGUAGACAGCGUUCUAUCACCUGAAAUAAUUGAAGUAGAAGAUAUUUCAGAGUUAAUAUCCAAAUCUGUUAUAAGCCAAGUAGCUGUUGGAGACCAAAUCUCUAUAGACGCAUCUAAAGAAGUGAGCGCUACUUCUUCUAUUACUGAAACUAGCUCAAAAUCAGGAAAGAAAGAGUCAGCAGUAGAUGUAUCAUCAGCAAUCAGCCAAGUUUCCUCUCAGAGCGAGGCAUCAGCCGUCAGCAAGGAAUUAUCAGUAUCACAAAAACUUGAAUCUACAAGCCAAAGUUCCGAAACUCAAGAAGCAUCAUUCACAGCAAAAUCUGUGGAUAGAAAACUAUCUUUACGUACAGAUUUGGAUAAACAGACAUCAAUGCAAAGUCCUCCGAGCAGUAUAGAUACCCCCACUCCUUCUACUGUCCCCCCCACUCCUUUAACCGAUGAGUAUGUCUUCAAACUAUCUCUACCUUUACCUAAAAGUAGGAGUGCGACUCCGGUCCCAAGAGAUAGUACGCCAACUCCUGAUGAUGAAGACCCAAAUAUAGUCAAAAAGAAACUAAUACCUCAUAUAGAAACAACUAUAGAAAGAGUAGUAUAUGAUCCACCUUUACCCACCCCGACUGCAGACCCCAAAUCACCGGUAUUUACAAAACCAGUGCUAAACGGUGGUGGUGUUAAACCAGUGUAUUCAAAACCGGGUCUAAAAGGUGGUGCUAUUAGGUCAGUUUAUAUAAAACCCGGUUUAAGAGGAGGUGGUAUUAGACCAGUUUAUAGAAAACCUGGUUUGUUUGGUGGUGCGGAUAAUCAGGAUUAUUCGAAGGAGGAGAUAAGAGAAAUCGAGAGAAAAUCUUCGCUCCUUGCAUCAGCCAUAGACGAAACCAUCAAGAGCAUAGAGGAAUACAAAGAAGAAGUGGGCAUAGACACGAAAAAAGAAGUAAAAACUCAAGAGUUUAAAGAAGAAAAAAUAACUAAGAGCUACAAAGAGUCUUAUACUAAAGAAGUUAAAACAGAAAGCAUACAGAAUGGUUUCCAAGAAAUUGACACAAAAAUAGAUGAAAUUAUGGAACAGUGUAAUGCUUUAGUAUCUAUUGCUGAUUCUGAAACUCCAAAACUAAUAGAAAAUGAGACUCAAGGAAUUGUUACCGAAGUUGAUGAGAAAGAAAGUAGAAAACAGAGUAUCGAAAUUGAUGUUAAUAUUGAAACCGAACCAAUAGCAACAAGCGAAGAGAAAUCGAAAGAGAAAAGUGUAAAAUUCGAAAAUGAGGUCAAAAUUGUUGAAGUUGAGAUCAUCGAUGAAAAACUACCUGAAGUAGAAAAGAAAGAAAGUAUUCGGGUUGAUAUACCUGUAGAGAAAGAACCUGUACCUGUUGCAGAACCUGUACCUAUUAUUCUCGAUCCGGUACCUCCAACACCAAUUGUAGAAAAACAACCAGAAGAAUUGAUACAGCCUAGGAUUGCUCCUGAGGUACCUGUAGUUCAGGCACCUAUGAGAAUAGAAGAAGAGAAGAAACCUGAUCCUCUAUUAGGAUUUAGGCCCGUAGUAUUUGACCCUGAGAAUCUUCAGAGGCAGACUUAUCAAUAUCCAUUUGUUGAGGAACCCAUGGUGCCUCAAGAGCCAAGAGGAUCUCCAUACAUGUCGGAGACUGGUGAAAUCAUUGGUACUAUCCAAGGAAUUGUUGAUGGCUUAGAAACCCCUGUCAUGGAUGAAGAGGUUGCUAAGGAACUUGGCAAACCUGGAAUAUCAGAGGAAAAGAUAGCUACCCUCAUAUCUGGUGAAGCAGAAAUGUUGAGAGAGGCACACGUUAUGGGCCUCUCAAGAGUUCUAUCAUCACACAUGCAUCGGGCUGAUGAUUCCAGCGUCGACUUUCAAGUGAUAAAGCCAAUGAUCGGGACUCUAAAAGACUCGGAAGUGAUAAAGGCCUUAAACGAAGAGAUAGCAAGAGAGAAGGCAGAACAGAAGAAGAAAGAAGAGAAGAGAUGGACGACGUUCUUGCAGAAGCCGAAGAGACCGGUGCCUAAAGCGAAGUUCGGGUAUCAGGGGUGGACGCAGGAUGAGGAAGUUGUGGCGGAACCGUAUAAAGUGAAGAUAGUGAAACAGGCAAAGCCUAAAGUUGCUCCUGAUUAUAAACCUGAGGACUUCGAAACUGGUCCUCUGCCGUGGGAAGAGAGAGCUCACACAGAGGCGUCUCUGCCACCAGUAGAACCUGAAGAGCCUAUACUCAUACCUGAGGUACCGGAGUUCUUGGAAGCCGUUGACCCUUUGAAGGAAAGUGAGGUUCCUGAUCUUGAGGAUACUGGUAUACCACUCCCCCCACCAAGAGAACCCACUCCUCCACCAAUAGUAGUGGAACAACCAGAUCCUGAACCGAUACCAGAAGAGCCAGAAGAGGAAGUAGCGCCAGAAGAACAGAAGGUAGAGAAGACAGAGACCAAAGAAGAUAUGGAGAAUAGAAUGGCUGAACAGCUUGUGAGGAGCGUACAGAGUAUGGUUGAUCCUAACGCCAGCUUGGAUCAACAGCUAGCUCAGAUGCGGGCUCAGCUGGCUGCUUUAGCCCAACUGCCGGAAGUUAUCCAGCAGUCUUUAGAGCUGGUCUCCAAGCAGCUUAGCAAGAUCAGCCAUCAGGAGGCUCACGUGGAAGUUACUCAGGAGUCUCAAAACUACCAACAGGCUGAAGAAACCCACGAAAUGCAGACAAUUCAAGAAGUGAAUGAAUCUGAGGCCAACGAAGCACAAAACGAGUCACAGAAGAUGACGAUCGAAGAAGUAAGAGAGAAUAAUGUGGAGCAACAACAACAACAGAUGCAACAACAGCAACAGAUGCAACAGCAGCAAAUGCAGCAGAUGCAACAAGAAAGCAUGAGAAUGACUGAGGAAGAGAUUAGGAAUGAAAAGCAGAGAAAGAUUGACACUUGGAAUCAGAUUUGGCCGUGGGGGAACACCAAGUCUUACUGUAGGAAAUAUAGGAUAAACUUCAUGAAAUACGAAAAGCCGCCGGUCUCGCUCGACCAUCUGAAGCACUCGGAGGUAUACAAGCUAGUCCACGACAUGGACACGACGCCGCCGAGGAAAGUUGAGAUGCGAACCCCUGUUAUGUCUGAAGCUGAUUAUAGAGAGAGAUGCCGUUCGAUGACGCCCAAUGUGGAGAAGAAACAUUUACAAAUACCCCAACAGUUCCAUCCUUAAUUUAUAUUUAAACGACAUUUUAAAACGAUAAAGUUGAAGCUCAAAAACUAUCUAAUAUAAUGGCUGAACUUUACUCCCAGGUAUAGUUUUUAAAACUUGAAGUGAAUGCGGUAACUGGUAGCGGGAAAUUCGAAUAUAAAAUGUUUUUUUGACAUUUUACCUAAGUUAACAUUUUGUAUGAGUGAUUUUUAUAUUCGUGGUAGUAAUGUGUCUUUAAGUACUUAAUUUUUGAUGUCUUUGUUUUACCCCGAAAGUUCUUGCAAUUCAAAUCCGAGAAAGUUAUAUUUUAAACACUAAAUGCAAUCGAAUUUAGGCAGGAGCCGCCAUGAACUUUGGCGAGAACUAUAAACAUUUUAAAUGCGGAUGUGUGUUUGUACGUCACAAUGAUUAGGUAUCUAUAAUUGGACGUAGUUAUGCAGAAACGUUCCAACCCACAAGUCACCCGAAAUCGAGUUAUUGUGAUUGAACAGCCUAAAAUUUAGCAUAUGGUUAUCUA